AUUGACCACCUAUCAAUAGAAAAACUCCUAAUAGACAGUGUCCAUGCAAGAUCUCAUCAAAAACUCCAGGAGCUGAAAGCCAUUCUGAAGAGCUACAACAUUAAUGAUAAUUCAUUCAUUGAAACGGCUCUUCCAACUCUUGUAAUUCCGAUUUUGGAACCAUGUGGUCGAUCAGAGUGCCUGCAUGUAUUUGUUGAUCUCCACUCUGGAAUGUUUCAACUGAUGCUGUAUGGUGUUGAUCAGCUGACACUCGAUGACAUAGAGAAGUCUGUUAAUGAUGAUAUGAAACGUAUCGUUCCUUGGCUCCAGCAGCUCAAGUUCUGGCUUGGACAGCAGCGUUGCAAACAGUCUAUAAAACAUCUGCCAACGGUGAGCAGUGAAACUCUUCAGCUAGCUAAUUAUGCUAGCCAUCCGGUGGGAAGCCUUUCCAAACACAAAUUGUUUAUCAGACUCACUCGCCUUCCGCAGUACUACAUUGUUGUAGAGAUGUUUGAUGUUCCUGGCAACCCCACAGAACUAGAGUACAAGUACCAUUUCCUCUCUGUGAGCUAUGCUGAAGGAGAUGACAGCCCUGCUACUGCACUUUUACUACAGCAGUUCAAACCCAACAUUGAAGAUUUGGUACUAGACCCAAAAAGUGGGAAACAAAUGAAAAGUGGUGUCAAGCGCAAGUUAUCUGGUGAUCCAUGUUCCAUAGAACCUAAGAAACCGAAACGGUCAGGAGAAAUGUGUGCCUUCAACAAAGUGCUAGCUCAUAUUGUAGCCAUGUGUGAUACAAAUAUGCCGUUUAUAGGGCUUCGAAUGGAGUUAUCUAAUAUGGACAUUCCUCACCAAGGAGUACAAGUAGAAGGAGAUGGCUUCAGCCAUGCAAUACGUUUACUAAAAAUUCCUCCCUGUAAAGGUGUAAACGAGGAAACGCAGAAGGCUCUGGACCGAUCUCUUCUUGAUUGCACUUUCCGAUUACAAGGUAGAAACAAUCGCACGUGGGUGGCUGAGCUGGUGUUUGCGAACUGUCCACUAAAUAGCACUUCAUCCAGGGAGCAAGGACCAACCCGUCACGUUUACCUGACAUAUGAAAACCAGUUAUCUGAACCAGUCGGAGGUCGCAAAGUUGUUGAGAUGUUCCUUAAUGACUGGAACAGCAUCGCUCGGCUAUAUGAAUGUGUCCUGGAGUUUGCACGAUCCUUACCGGACAUACCCAACCACUUAAACGUUUUCUCAGAAGUUCGCAUCUACAAUUACAGAAAACUUAUCCUUUGCUAUGGAACUACCAAGGGGAGCUCAAUCAGCAUUCAGUGGAACUCCAUACUCCAGAAGUUCCACAUUUCACUGGGAACUGUUGGCCCAAACUCAGGUUGCAGUAACUGUCACAACACAAUUCUGCACCAGCUCCAGGAGAUGUUUAAUAAAACACCAAACGUGGUGCAGUUAUUACAGGUUUUGUUUGACACUCAGGCUCCAUUAAAUGCCAUCAACAAACUUCCAACAGUGCCCAUGCUGGGUCUGACUCAACGCACCAACACUGCCUAUCAGUGCUUCUCAAUUCUGCCGCAGUCACCCACGCACAUCAGGCUGGCCUUCAGGAAUAUGUACUGCAUCGACAUCUACUGCCGGAGUCGUGGCGUCGUAGCGAUACGCGACGGGGCGUACAGUCUUUUUGACAACAGCAAAAUAGUAGAAGGUUUUUACCCUGCACCUGGAUUAAAGACAUUCCUGAACAUGUUUGUUGACAGCAAUCAGGAUGCACGAAGACGAUCCGUAAAUGAAGACGACAACCCACCUUCUCCUAUUGGUGGAGACAUGAUGGAUUCUUUGAUAUCGCAGCUUCAACCCCAGCAGCCACCGCAGCAACCACAACAGGCAUUUGCAAAACAGGCAGGAGCCUCGGGAGCAUAUCCUCUCACGUCACCACCCACCUCCUAUCACAACACGGUGACACCAUCUCCGUCUAUGAUGCACACGCAGUCACCAGGGAAUCUGCAUGCUGCCAGCUCACCUAGCGGAGCUUUAAGAGCACCAUCACCUGCAUCCUUUGGUCCAACUCCUUCGCCUUCCUCUCUUGGAAUCACAAUGGGACAAACAGCUAACUUUGCCAGCCCACAUGGUACUAUAGACCCGAGCUCACCAUACACCAUGAUGUCACCCAGUCAGCGUGCAGGGAACUGGCCAGGAUCUCCCCAGGUCUCUGGUCCAUCACCAGCAGCACGGAUGCCUGGAAUGUCACCAGCCAACCCUUCCCUUCAUUCACCUGUCCCAGAUGCCUCUCACUCCCCACGAGCUGGAACAAGUUCCCAAGCCAUGCCGACUAGCAUGCCUCCACCUCGUAAACUACCUCAGCGCUCUUGGGCGGCAUCCAUACCUACAAUCCUCACCCACAGUGCCUUGAAUAUUCUUCUGUUGCCCUCUCCUACCCCUGGGCUUGUGCCGGGACUAGCUGGCAGCUAUCUGUGCUCCCCUCUUGAGCGAUUCCUUGGAUCGGUUAUUAUGAGGAGGCAUCUUCAGAGGAUCAUACAACAGGAAACGCUACAGUUAAUAAACUCCAAUGAACCAGGUGUAAUUAUGUUUAAGACGGAGGCACUGAAGUGCAGGGUUGCUCUCAAUCCCAAAACCAACCAGACCUUGCAACUGAAAGUAACACCUGAAAAUACAGGCCAGUGGAAAUCCGAGGAGUUACAAGUUUUGGAGAAGUUCUUUGAAACAAGGGUUGCAGGACCACCUUUUAAAGCCAACACCCUAAUAGCCUUCACAAAAUUACUAGGGGCUCCGACGCAUAUCCUCAGGGACUGCGUACACAUCAUGAAACUUGAGCUGUUCCCUGAUCAGGCGAGUCAGCUGAAAUGGAACGUGCAGUUUUGUUUAACAAUUCCUCCCAGUGCUCCACCAAUUGCGCCUCCAGGAACACCUGCUGUUGUGCUGAAAUCCAAAAUGUUGUUUUUUCUCCAGCUAACACAGAAAACAACAGUCCCCCAGGAAGCUGUUAGUAUUAUUGUCCCAAUUAUUUAUGAUAUGGCUUCGGGUACAACGCAACAAGCUGACAUUCCCAGGCAGCAGAACUCUUCUGUUGCUGCUCCAAUGAUGGUUAGCAAUAUUCUAAAGAGGUUUGCUGAACUGAAUUCACCACGACCAGGUACUGUACAUGUCCAGUAG